ACGAAGAAGGCCGCCUCUAUUCUAGUCUGAGCGCAAAAAUACUGUCUUUCUGUCUGUGGGAGUCACAACAAACACAAUUUACAGUGGGGCAAUAGUAACAUUCACAAACAGAUGUCAUCCAAAGAUAUUAUCUGUCUGGAUUCUGGAGUCAACUCAAGAACAUCAACAUCGCAGUGCCCUUUCUGGUAUCGCGUGAUGGUCAAGCACUACGCUUGUUCCGUUUACCUGACGUCCAUCUGACAGAGAGCGACGCUCGGCUCGUAGCUUUCUCAGUACUGAUGGUGAAUUGCUACUGCUGUGGUAACGGGCGGAGGAGCAGAAGCCGCAGAAGAGUCAGCAGUAGUAGAGGAGCGGUAGUUUGGAAUUCAGCUUUUACACGUAUUAUUCUUACUCGUAUCAACGGAGCUCCCUAAAAACACAUAGAAGGGAAGGGAAAAUUUAAGAAAGAUGGCUGCCGCGGCCUCGCCGGGCUCCUGCUCGUCAACCUCCUCAGACUGGAUUGUACUGAGAGACGGUUGCCGUCGUUGCGACGAGGAGGGCCUGCGAAGCCUUUCCUACCACCCGGCCCUUAACGCUAUCCUGGCGGUUACUAGCCGGGGGAGUAUCAAAGUCAUCGACGGCACAUCAGGGGCCAUUCUCCAAGCCUCGGCCUUGCAUGCUAAACCUGGAGGCCGUGUUAGGUGUCAGUACUUCCCUGCGGUAGACAAGGUCCUCUUCGUGGACGACUAUGCAGUGGGCUGCAGAAAGGACUUGAACGGCAUCCUGCUGCUGGACACAGCCUUGCAGGCCCCCGUGGCCAAACCAGAGGACAUGGUACAGCUAGAGCUGCCUGUCACAGAGGCUCAGCAGAUGCUCUCUGCCUGCCUGGAGAAGGUAGAUGUGUCCAACACAGAGGGCUACGACAUCUUCAUCGCUCAACUCAAAGAAGGACUGAAGAAUACCUCACACGAGACUGCAGCCAAUCACAAAGUGGCCAAGUGGGCAACAGUGACGUUUCAUCUUCCACACCAUGUGCUAAAGUUGGUCGCCAGUGCCAUCGUGACUGAGCUGAAGAAGAUCAACCAGAACGUCGCUGCCUUGUCUGUGGCCUCGUCCAUCAUGGACAGGCUCUCCUACCUCUUACCAAGUGCACGGCCUGAGCUGGGGGUGGGCCCAGGGCGCUCUGUAGAUAGAUCAUUGAUGUACAGUGAGGCAAAUAGGAGAGAAACGUUCAUGUCGUGGCCCCAUGCCGGGUACAGGUGGGCACAGCCUGACCCCAUGGCCCAAGCAGGAUUUUACCACCAGCCUGCCUCUACCGGUGAUGACAGGGCAAUGUGUUUCACAUGCAGUGUCUGCCUAGUGUGUUGGGAGCCCACUGAUGAACCAUGGUCCGAGCACGAGCGACAUUCCCCCAACUGUCCGUUUGUGAAGGGUGAGCACACCCAGAACGUGCCCCUGUCCGUCACGCUCGCCACCAGCCCCGCCCAGUUCCCCACCCCCGACGGCUCAGAUAAGAUCGCCUGCUACGGCUUCGGCAGCUGCCCCCACUUCCUGGCAGCCGCCACAAAGCGUGGCAAAAUCUGCAUCUGGGACGUGUCCAAGCUCAUGAAGGUGCACUUGAAAUUUGAAAUCAACCCCUACGACCCGGCGAUCCUGCGACAGCUGAUUCUGUCUGGGAGCGAGCAGGCCCUGGGGACCCAGGAAUCCAGGAGGCCCACCUUAGCCUGGCUAGAGGACUCCUCAAGCUGCUCAGACAUACCAAAACUAGAGGGGGACAGUGAUGACCAGUUGGAGGACUCUGACAGUGAAGAGCAUUCCAGAUCAGAGUCAGUGACGGGCCACCCGUCCCAGAGGGAGAGCAUGGAGGUGAGCCUGGGCGUAACAGCGCUCAGCGUCCUGCAGCAGCCAGAGAAGCUCCAGUGGGAGGUUGUGGCCAGCGUGUUGGAGGACACAGUCAAGGACCUGGAGGAGCUGGGUGCCAACCCUUCCCUGGCCCAGGCCAAGGCCGACAAGGCCAAGGAGAAGCCCCCAGAGCACCACAACAUUCCUUUCCCCUGCCUGCUGGCUGGAGGCCUGCUCAGUUACCUUGCUGCCCCACUCCCCUCCUCCCGCCGCUCCAUGGACAGCCCCCUCAGGACUCAGGGCCCCGAGCCUCCCCAUGUUGUGCCUGACCAGGGCCCCAUGGAGAUAGAGACCUGUAACCUCCCUCCCUUGGAGCUGGGUUCGCCCAACUCGGCCGCGCCCACUGUGCGCAGGACUAUGCCCGUGCUCUUGCUCUACAGCUUCAAGGAGUCGGAGGAGAAGUCGUCGGGCAAGGUGUUUGCCCAGAUGAACAAUCUGAUGAGCAAGGGGCUGCACGAGGAGGGCUUCUCCGUGCCGCAGAUUAUCGAGAUGGAGUUUGACACCCACGAGCAGCUGCUGCUCCAGGACCCGCCCAUCACCUACAUCCAGCAGUUUGCAGACGCUGCCGCCAACUUAGCCACCCUGGACGGGGACAAGUGGAGCUCGCUUGCGCCGCGGCCGGGAGCACUGGUGCAGUGUCUGCGGCUGCCCAAGCAGCUGGAGGAGGAGAACCUCUACGUAGACUCCAUCACGCCCUGCUCAGACGGUGUGCACCUGCUGGUGGGGCUACAGCCCUGCUCUGUGGAGUCUCUCAGUGCCAUCAACCAGGUGGAGGUCCUCAACAACCUCAACCGCCUCCACUCAGCCCUCUGCAGCCGCCGCAAGGGAGAGCUCCAGCCCCUGCCCACACUGGCCAACGGACACGAAGCCCUCGCCUCCGCCUCGCCCCCUCAGACCCCACUCAUCCUGCCCCCGCCUGACCAGCAGCAGCAACAGCCGUCCAGGGCCCUGGGAGGCUGUGGGGGUGGAGGCUACCUGGCCCUCUACAAGCUCAACUACUCCACCCGCAUUGUCACUCUGGAGGAGGAGCCUGUCAAGGUGCAGCACAUCAGAGACCCCCGGGACGCCGUCACCUCCCUCAUCCUGCUCCCGCCAGACGUGCUGGACGGGAGGGAAGACGACAGUGAGGAGGCCCCAGAGGAGAAACCUCAGCGUGGGCUCAAAAAUGGCACUGGCUGCGGCCAUGGGUCUGGGUGUGGGCCAGGGACUGGUACCAGCAGCACCAAGGUGAAGCAGCCAGACGUGGCCGGACUGGGCCACCUGGUGGUCACCACUCAGGCAGGGUACAUCAUGAUCCUAGACCUUUCCACUUUGGAGGUCCUGGCCAAAGUGGAGCCGCCCAAGACGGAUGGGACGGUGAAUGAGAUUGACCCUUUCGUCUCUGUCACCUACUGCUCCGGGACUGACCGCCUGUGCGCUUGCACUAAAGGUGGAGAACUUCAUUUCCUUCAAAUUGGAGGUGUGUGUGACGAUGUAGAUGACAGCGACAUUUUUGUCGAUGGCCCCCUUUCUAAAGGGGCUGAACAGCUGUUGGAGGGGACGAAGCCCUCCUCCAAUCCCUCGAGCCCAGGGAUCACAGGAGUUGACCUCCUGGUGGACCAAGUGUUGGCUGUGGAGAACCUAACGUCGCUGGUGGAGCUGACGCGCUUCGAAACACUGACGCCGCGCUUCUCGGCCACAGUGCCGCCCUGCUGGGUGGAGGUGCAGCAGGAGCAGCAGCAGCGUCGCCACCCCCAGCACUUGCACCAGCAGCACCAUGGAGACGCCGCCCAGCACACACGCACCUGGAAGCUGCAGAGUGACAGCUCCAGCUGGGACGAGCAUGUGUUUGAACUGGUCCUUCCCAAGGCCUGCAUGGUGGGCCACGUGGACUUCAAGUUCGUCAUGAAUGCCAACAUCACUAACAUUCCUCAGAUCCAGAUCACCCUGCUGAAGAACAAGGCCCCAGGUCUGGGCAAGGUCAACGAGACGGCAGUUGACAGACAGAUCUCCUUCCCCCUGUCCCAUGUCCUCCAUGCCAAUGGGGAGAGGAAUGGACAGCCACUUUUGCAUGACUUUACAGACGACAUCCAGUUCAUGGACAUCGAAGAGACAUCAGGCUCCAGGCUGUGCACCUUCUUAGAAGACCAUAAGGAGGAUAUCCUGUGUGGUCCCGUGUGGUUGGCCAGUGGACUGGACCUCUCAGGCCAUGCUGGGAUGCUGAGCCUCACCAGCCCCAAGCUGGUCAAAGGCAUGGCUGGGGGCAAGUACCGCUCGUUCCUGGUGCACAUCAAGGCGGUGAGCGACAAGGGCAUGGAGGAGAGCCCCAUGCCGGUGGUGAGGAUGGCCGCUGCCAAGCCUCAGAGCAGCAAGGGCCAUUCCCUCUCCACCCUGCUGCAGAGGGCACAAGCCACGAAGGAAAAGGCCUCCACUUCCAAAGCAGAUUCUCCUGCUCAGUCAAAGAAACCUGACAACCUCCGCGGCUGCGACCUGCUACAGGAGGUGUCCGUCACAAUCCGAAGGUUUAAGAAGACCUCCAUACCCAAAGAAAGAGUCCAGCGCUGUGCCAUGCUGCAGUUUCCAGAUUUCCAUGAGAAGCUUUUGAACGGGCUGUGUAAAGGGGCGGAUGAGGGCCCUGGCACAGAGCACUCCCAGAGCCUCAUCCUUGACUGCCUCUGCUGGUUGGCUGGAGUGUACUCCAACGGACCCUGCAGCCUGAGAGAAGGAAAGGAGGCUCUGCUGAUGAAAACAAGGAAACGGCUGACAGACAUUGUGCGGGUGUGUUUUUUUGAGGCUGGACGGAGUAUAGCCCACAAAUGCGCCCGCUUUCUUGCACUUUGUAUUAGUAAUGGGAAAGGAGAGCCCAGUCAGCAGGGCUUUGGCAUGAAUCUCCUGAAUGCUCUGCUGGACAAUAUGCCUUACUUGCCUGCAGCAGCAACAGGUGGGUCGGUGUUCUGGUACUUUGUGCUGCUUAACUAUGUGAAGGAUGAGGACCUGUCGGGCUGCAGCACGGCCUGUGCCUCUCUGCUCACCGCUGUCUCCCGGCAACUGCAGGACCGCCUCACGCCCCUGGAGGCUUUGCUACAGACCAGAUACGGCCUGUACAGUUCCCCAUUCGACCCAGUGCUUUUUGACCUGGAGGUCAGCGGCUCCUCCUGUAAGAAUGCCUUCAACAGUAGCAUCGGCGUCCAGUCAGACGAGAUUGACCUUUCCGAAAUUCUCUCAGGGAACGGCAAGGUAAGCAGCUGUGCGGCGGCCGAGGGCAGCUUCACGGCCCUCACUGGGCUCCUGGAGGUGGAGCCGUUGCACUUUACCUGUAUCUCCACCAGCGACGGCACCAGGGUGGAGAGGGACGACGCAAGCAUGUUCACAGUGAGCACAUUCGGUGUGACCCCGGCGGUGGGUGGCCUGUCGGCGGGCACAGUGGGCGAGGCGUCCACGGCGCUGAGCUCUGCAGCCCAGGUGGCUCUGCAGUCGCUGUCCCACGCCAUGGUGUCUGCAGAGCAGCAGCUGCAGGUGCUCCAGGAGAAACAGCAGCAGCUGUUCAAACUACAGCAACAGAAGGCCAAGCUGGAGGCAAAGUUGCACCAGACCACUUCAGCAGCUGCGGCCUCCGGCGUGGGGCCCAUCCACAACUCUGUGCCUUCCAGUGCCCCCGGCUUCUUCAUCCAUCCCUCUGAAGUCAUCCCCCCCACGCCCAAGACCACCCCGCUGUUCAUGACGCCACCACUUACUCCUCCCAACGAGGCGGUGUCGGCAGCCAUCAGUGUGGAGCUGGCCCAGCUCUUCCCUGGCUCCAUGAUAGACCCACCGCCUGUCAACCUGGCCGCACACAACAAGAACAGCCAGAAAGCCAAGCCGAACCCCAUGGGCAGCGGUCUGGCGUUGGCCCUCUCUCAAGCCUCUCACUUCCUCCAGCCUCCUCCACAGCAGUCCAUCAUCAUUGAGCGCAUGCACUCUGGAGCGCGGAGAUUUGUGACACUGGACUUCGGUCGUCCCGUGCUGCUGACAGACGCUCUGAUCCCCACCUGUGGGGACCUGGCCUCUCUGUCCAUCGACAUCUGGACGCUGGGGGAGGAGGUGGACGGACGCAGGCUAGUGGUUGCCACGGACAUCAGCACCCACUCCCUCAUCCUGCACGACCUUCUGCCGCCCCCUGUCUGCCGCUUCAUGAAAAUCACUGUGAUUGGUCGUUAUGGCAGCACCAAUGCCCGGGCCAAGAUCCCAUUGGGCUUCUACUACGGCCACACCUACAUCCUGCCCUGGGAGAGCGAGCUGAAGCUGAUGCACGACCCCCUGAGGGGAGAGAGUGACGCGGCCAGCCAACCUGACUUGGAUCAGCACCUGGCCAUGAUGGUGGCCUUGCAGGAGGACAUCCAGUGCAGGUACAACCUGGGGUGCCACCGGCUGGAGACCUUACUCCAGAACAUCGACCUGCCUCCUCUGAACAGUGCCAACAACGCCCAGUACUUCCUGCGGAAGCCCGACAAGGCGGUGGAGGAGGACGCGCGCGUCUUCUCGGCCUAUCAGGACUGUAUCCAGCUGCAGCUACAACUCAACUUGGCCCACCACGCCGUCCAGAGGCUCCGCGUGUCCCUGGGAGCCGGGCGCAAGAUCCUGCCUGAGCCCUACGACCCCCGGGAGCUCAUCCAGAACUCUUCCACCGAGCAGCUGAGAACCGUCAUCCGCUACCUGCUGGACACACUCCUCAGCCUUCUGCACUCUAACAACGGGUACGCAGUCCCGUCCGUGCUGCAGAGCACGUUCCACGCGCAGGCCUGCGAGGAGCUCUUCAAGCACCUGUGCAUCAGCGGCACGCCCAAGAUCCGUCUGCACGCGGGCCUGCUGCUGGUGCAGCUGUGUGGAGGGGAGUGCUGGUGGGGCCAGUUCCUCUCCAACGUCCUGCAGGAGCUCUACAACUCCGAGCAGCUGCUCAUCUUCCCCCAGGACAGGGUCUUCAUGCUCCUGUCCUGCAUCGGCCAAAGAUCCUUGAGCAACAGCGGCGUGCUUGAGGGGCUACUUAACCUGCUGGACAGCCUGCUGUCCCCCCUACAGCAGCCUAUGGCGGCUGCCCAUCGCAGGACUGAAGGUGUGUUGGACGUCCCCAUGAUCAGCUGGGUGGUGAUGCUUGUGUCGCGGCUGCUGGACUACGUGGCCAGCGUGGAGGACGAGGCGUCUGCAGGCAAGAAGCACCUGGGAGGGAAGGAGAGGGAGCGCACCUUCACAGGUAAUCAGUGGAGCUUUAUAAAUAACAGCCUCCAGUCCUCCAGCUCCAACCGCUCAGCCAAAGGCAACAGCAGCCUGGAUCGCCUGUAUUCCCGCAAGAUCCGCAAACAGCUGGUGCACCACAAACAGCAGUUAAAUCUAUUGAAGGCGAAACAGAAGGCUUUGGUGGAGCAAAUUGAGAAGGAAAAGAUCCAGAGCAACAAAGGCUCCUCAUACAAACUGCUGGUGGAGCAGGCCAAGCUGAAACAGGCCACAUCCAAGCACUUUAAGGACCUGAUCCGUCUGAGGCGUACAGCUGAGUGGCCCCGCUCCACCCUGGACACAGAGGCCACGGCCGCCAAAGAGGCCCCAGAGGUGGAGCCUCUGCCCUUCACACUGGCCCACGAGCGCUGCAUCUCCGUGGUGCAGAAACUGUCCCUUUUCCUCCUCUCCAUGGACUUCACCUGUCACGCAGACCUCCUGCUGUUCGUCUGCAAGGUCUUGGCCAGGAUAGCCAAUGCCACCAGGCCCACCAUCCACCUGUGUGAGGUGGUGUCGGAGCACCAGCUGGAGCGUCUGCUGCUGCUGCUAGUGGGGACAGACUUCAACAGGGGGGACAUCUCCUGGGGAGGGGCCUGGGCCCAGUACUCCCUCACCUGCAUGCUGCAGGACAUCCUGGCAGGGGAGCUGCUGUCCCCAGGGUCCCUGGAUGGUAUGGACGAGGGGGCGGUAGGCGAGGAAGCAGGGGCAUCGUCCUCAGCAGGGAUAGACUCUGACGACUCCCUAGCCCAGCCCACCCCCAUUCCCCUCGUGGAAACCAUUGACGAGGCCCUGGCUCCGGAUAUCAUCGCAGGUGCUCCACCUCUGUCUUCUUUGGAAAAAGAUAAAGACAUUGACUUUGACUUGCUACAAGACCUCAUGGAUGUUGAUAUUGAUCCUUUAGAUAUUGAUUUGGAAAAAGAUCCCCUUGCCGCCAAAGUCUUUAAGCCCAUUAGCAGCACCUGGUAUGACUACUGGGGUGCUGACUAUGGUACUUACGGUGACAACCCGUACAUAGGGGGAGUAGGGAUUGCUGUGUCCAAGCCCCCCGGCGUUGUCGAAAAGCCUGGGUCUCAGAGUCUCUCCAUCUCCGUGUCACAAGGUGAAAGCUCUGGAACGCGCCGCCUGGAGGUAGGGCUGGAGCAGCAAGGCAGCUUAUGGCUCAAGAUGAUGGCGACACUUGGGAGGCAGACUCAUCUUGCACGGGCGUCUCACAUCAACUUUUUCCCUGCAGUGUCCAAGGCAUCCAACGGGAAGAUGAUUCUCUGCUGCGGGGCUCCAUGGGGGCUCCCCCCCAGGAAGCAGCCUAAUGGUACAGGCCUUCCCAUCCCCAUGCUGAGUGCCUGCUUCAACAAGCUCUUCUCCAUGCUUCAGGUGCACCACGUACAGUUGGAGUCUCUGCUGCAGCUGUGGCUAACCCUCAGUCUCAACUCAUGCUCUGGGGCACUGAGGAAAGUGGAUCUGACAUCUUUAUGUUUCAACGCCAGCAGAGUGCCCACCAUCCCACUCAACCAAGUCAGAGCCUCUAUCAGCAGUUUCCUGUCGGUGCUAGCCUGGUACCCCAACACCUCCGUGAGGACCUGGUGUCUGGUGCUGCACUCCCUUACCCUCAUGACCACAUGCCCUCCAGUGGUGAGUCCACCCUUAAAAGGCCUCGCACGUGGGAUGGGAGCUCAUGAGAGCACGGCCCAGCAGAUGGUGUCGGACCCUACGCUGGUGACGUGCUUGUACGUUUCCUGUCUGGGGGCAACCCCCAUGCCCAGCCAGUACAGUCUCCAGGUCGGCCCCACCGCCACCCAAGCUAUGCAAGAGUUCCUCACCAGGCUCCAGGUGCACCUCUCUUCCACCUGCCCACAGAUGUUUAGCGAGUUCCUGCUCAAACUGAUCCACAUCCUGUCCACUGAGAGGGGUCCGUCCCAGUCAGGCCAGGGUCCUCUGGCGCUCAGUCAAGCUGUUAGGUUCACCCUGGAGCAGAACUUUGAGGUGGUGUCGGUGAGCACCAUCUCCUCUGUCAUCGAGUCCAUCACCUUCCUGGUGCACCACUACAUCACCUGCUCUGACAAGGUGGUGUCCCGAGGCUCCGACAGCUCUGUGGGUGCCCGCGCCUGCUUUGGAGGCCUCUUCGCCAACAUCAUCCGGCCCGGUGACGCCAAGGCGGUGUGCGGCGAGACCACGCGCGACCAACUCAUGUUCGACCUGCUUAAGCUAGUCAACGCCCUGGUUCAGCUGCCCCUGUCGGGUGACCGUGAGUUCAGUGGGCGUCUGCCUCCGGCGGCAGCGGGGCGUCGGACAGGCAGCGCGUCGGACGAGGAGAAGGUGUGCGGCAGCAAGGAGGGGGCAGGGAGGGGCCACCCCUAACAGGGCCCUGCGGCCGGAGUGGCUGACCUGGUGCACCACCAGCAGAUCAUGAGCCAGAUCCUCUCUGCUGGCCAGUGCAACAGCAGCGCCAUGGCUAUGAUCAUAGGUAGUGCUAGUGGCCUCCACUUGACCAAGCAUGAGAACUUCCAUGGCGGACUAGAUGCCAUUUCUGUAGGAGACGGCCUGUUCACCAUCCUCACCUCUCUGAAGAGGGCCACCUCGGUGCAGGUUAUGCUGCAGCCCAUCCUCACCUACAUGGCUUGUGGGUACAUGGGAAGACAAGGCUCUCUGUCAACAUGCCAGCUGUCUGAACCUCUGCUCUGGUUCAUCCUCCGAGUGCUGGACACCAGCGAGGCACUUAAGGCAUUCCACGACAUGGGUGGGGUUCAGUUGAUCUGUAACAACAUGGUGACCAGCACACGGGCCAUAGUGAACACGGCACGAAGCAUGGUGUCCACCAUCAUGAAGUUCCUGGACACUGGCCCAGGGAAGGCUGCUGACGGCAGCCUCAAGGCCCGGGUCCUAGCCUCCGAGCCCGACAACGCAGAGGGACUCCACAACUUUGCUCCGCUCGGCACCAUCACCUCCAGCAGCCCCACGGCCCAACCGGCAGAGGUCCUCCUUCAGGCCACGCCCCCUCACAGACGUGCACGUUCAGCGGCCUGGUCCUACAUCUUCCUGCCAGAGGAGGCGUGGUGUGACCUCACCAUCCACCUCCCUGCUGCCGUGCUGCUGAAAGAGCUGCACAUCCAGCCACACCUGGCCUCCCUCGCCACCUGCCCCUCCUCGGUCUCGGUUGAGAUCAGUGCGGACGGGGUCAACAUGCUGCCUCUGUCCACACCCAUCAUCACCAGCGGCCUCACCUACAUCAAGAUCCAGCUGGUGAAGGCUGAGGUGGCGUCUGCGGUGUGUCUGAGGCUCCAUCGACCCCGUGACGCCAGCACCCUGGGCCUGUCCCAGAUCAAACUGCUUGGCCUCACCGCCUUCGGCAACACCUCCUCAGCCACCGUCAACAACCCCUUCCUGCCCUCCGAGGACCAGGUCUCUAAAACCAGUAUUGGCUGGCUACGUCUGCUUCACCACUGUCUGACCCACGUCAGUGACCUGGAGGCCAUGAUGGCCAGCGCCGCUGCCCCCACUGCCAAUCUGCUCCAAACCUGCGCUGCCCUGCUUAUGUCUCCCUACUGCGGCAUGCACUCGCCUAACAUCGAGGCCGUGCUGGUCAAGAUCGGCCUGCAGUCCACCCGCAUCGGCCUCAAGCUCAUUGACAUCCUGCUGAGGAACUGUGCAGCCUCCGGCACUGACCCUACAAACCUCAACAGUCCCCUGCUCUUCGGAAGGCUCAACGGACUCUCUUCAGACUCCACCAUUGACAUCCUCUACCAGCUGGGAACCACACAGGAUCCUGCGACUAAGGAUAGGAUCCACGCCCUUCUCCAAUGGGUCCAUGACUCGUCGCUGGUGGCGGCACACAAGAGGAGUGGCCCCGUGGGCUACAUCCGCCAGAGCAGCUCCUCGUCACGGGAGUAUGGCCUCGUCAUGCCCUCUCCCUCCCACCUCCACUGUGUGGCGGCCAUCUUGUGGCACAGUUAUGAGUUGCCCGUGAACUACGACCUCCCAGUGCUGCUCAACAGAGAGCUCUUUGAACUACUGUACAACUGGUCCAUGUCCCUGCCGUGUAACAUGGUGCUGAAGAAGGCAGUAGACAGCCUGCUCUGCUCCAUGUGCCACAUCCACCCCAGCUACUUCUCUCUGCUUAUGUCCUGGAUGGACAUCGUAGCCCCGCCCACCGCAGCCCAGCACCGCCUCUCCAUGACGGACGACGGCAAGAAACAGCACGAUCUCAGCAGCGCCAAUGCUAACGCCACCACCAGCGCUGGCCUCACUGACGACUCCAAACAUGCGCGGCCACCCAUCGCCUUGUCCGAGUCUCAAUUGACCACUCUGGCUGCAGCCUCCCAGUCACCCGGGGCGAUAGAGCAGCUGCUGGACUCAGGCCUGCCCUCUCUGCUGGUCCGCAGCCUGGCCGGACUCUGCUGUGGCCUCCUGUCUGCAGCUGGCCUGCCCCUGCCCUCCACCGCCCAGGCCGAACGACGGCAGCACCAUCACAACCACCACCCCCACUCCUCUUCGUCAUCUUCCUCUCAGAGCAGGGCGCCCCUGUCUGCAGAGCUGGCAGCCCCAGUGCUGCGUUUCCUCACUGAGGUUGGGAACAGUCAUGCCAUGAAGGACUGGCUAGGUGGGCCUGAGGUGAACCCGCUGUGGACCGCUUUGCUGUUCCUGCUUUGCCACAGCAGCGCAAGCGCAGGGGGAACCAGCGGUGUACAUGGUCACGCGGGAGCUCACUCUGCUGCCUCCGGUGGUGCGUGCUGCCCCCCUCCUCCGCCCCCACCCCAGCCUUCAGGGUCACGCUACUCUCUGGCCUUCUCGACCCGGGGCAGCGGGCUCACCACCCAGCAGAGGACUGCAAUCGAGAACGCCACAGUGGCCUUCUUCCUGCAGUGCAUCUCCUGCCACCCCAACAACCAGCGGCUCAUGGCACAGGUGCUGUGUGAGCUCUUCCAGUCUGCCCCCCAGCGUGGAAGCGUGCCCGUCUCUGGCAACAUCUCUGGCUUCAUCCGCAGGCUCUUCCUGCAGCUCAUGCUAGAGGAUGAGAAGGUCACAGUCUUCCUGCAGUCGCCCUGUCCGCUGUACAAGGGACGCAUUAACGCUACCAGCCAUGUGAUCCAGCACCCCAUGUACGGAGCAGGGCACAAGUACCGCACCCUCCACCUUCCCAUCUCCACCACCCUCGCUGAAGUCCUGGACCGGGUGUCGGACACCCCCAGCAUCACAGCCAAGCUGAUCAAUGAGCAGAAAGAGGACAAGGAGAAGAAGAAUCACGACGAGAAGGAGAAGAUGAAGACAGACAGCGGUUUUCAGGACAACUACAGUGUCGUCGUGGCCUCAGGCUUGAAGUCCCAGUCGAAGAGAGCCCUGUCGACCCCUCCCCGUCCCCCUUCGCGGAGGGGACGUGUGAUGAGCGAUAAGCUGACAGCCUCAGGUGUGGACCCAUCUGCCAAAACUCUCAGCGUGCCUGUCUUCCACCUCUACCACAAGCUGCUACCAGGUCAGCCCCUGCCGGCAGAGAUGACACUGGCCCAGCUGUUGACCCUGCUUUACGACCGCAAGCUGCCCCAGGGCUACCACUCCAUCGACUUGACUGUCAAGUUGGGCUCCAAGGUUAUCUCCGACCCCGGGAUCUCGAAGACGGACUCCUUCAAACGGCUCCGCACAGAGAAAGUGGAACACUGUGACAUGCUGAGUAGCUGUCCAGAGGACGAGCCCAUGACCCCGGGAGACGAGUGUCUGGACGCAGCCAUCGAUGAGUCCCUGCUUGAGACCAAACCCAUCCAGUCGCCCCUGCAAGUGUUUGCAGGCAUGGGKGGUCUGGCCCUGAUCGCUGAGAGGCUGCCAAUGCUCUACCCAGACGUCAUCCAACAGGUGAGUGCUCCGGUGGUGCCCUCCACCACGCAGGAGAAGCCCAAGGACAGCGACCAGUUUGAGUGGGUCACCAUCGAGCAGUCUGGCGAGCUCGUGUACGAGGCGCCAGAGACCAUGGCCGCCGAGCCGCCACCCAUCAACAAGUCGUCAGUGCAGACCAUGUCGCCCAUCCCCGCCCACUCGCUGGCGGCCUUCGGUCUGUUCCUGCGCCUGCCGGGCUACGCUGAGGUGCUGCUGAAGGAGAGGAAGCACGCCCAGUGUCUGCUCCGCCUGGUGCUGGGCGUCACAGACGAUGGCGAGGGCAGUCAUAUCCUGCAGUCUCCGUCGGCAAAUGUGCUGCCCACGCUGCCCUUCCACGUGCUGCGAGCCCUAUUCAGCACCACACCUCUCACCACGGAUGACGGCGUGCUGCUGCGCCGCAUGGCCCUGGAAAUAGGAGCCAUCCACCUCAUCCUGGCCUGCCUGUCAGCCCUCAGCCACCACGCACCCCGUGUCCCCAACACCAGCGGGAACUCUUCAGAGCCCACAGUGUCCAGUGGUCAUGGAGGGGGCACCAGUGAGGAGCAGCAGCUGUACUGGGCGAAGGGCACUGGUUUCGGUACAGGCUCCACUGCCUCAGGCUGGGACGUGGAGCAGGCCCUCACCAAGCAGAGGCUGGAGGAGGAGCAUGUCACCUGUCUGCUACAGGUGCUGGCCAGCUACAUCAACCCAGCAAACUGUGUGAGCCACGGAGAGGCACCUACAGGGGAGAGCAGGGGCCACAACAGCAACGUCCUUCCCACAGUGCUGCAGGAGCUGCUCAGCCAGUCCUGCCUCAUUCCAGCGAUGUCCUCCUAUCUACGCAACGACUCCGUACUGGACAUGGCACGUCAUGUGCCCCUGUACCGGGCGCUGCUGGAGCUGCUGAGGGCCAUCUCCACCUCAACGGCCCUGGUUCCCCUGCUGCUGCCCCUGUCAGGAGACCCCAGCCAGGAGGAAGAGGAGGAGGAGCGCUCCGAGGGACAGACUUCUGUGGGCAUGCUGCUGGCCAAGAUGAAAACCUGCGUGGACACCUACACCAACCGCCUCAGGUCAAAGAAAGACAAGGCGAAAGGUGUGGUGAAGCCUGAUAGCUCAGACCCAGAACCUGAGGGGCUGACCCUGCUGGUGCCUGACAUCCAGAGGACUGCCGAGAUUGUCUAUGCUGCCACCACCAGCCUACGGCAGGCCAACCAGGAGAGGAGGUUGGCUGAGUCCUCGAAGAAGGCAACAACCAGACCCAAACCCAUGUCAAUCCUACGCUCACUCGAGGAGAAGUACGUGGCCAUCAUGAAGAAGCUCCAGUUUGACACCUUUGAGAUGGUUACGGAGGACGAUGACGGGAAGCUGGUGUUCAAGGUGAACUACCACUACAUGUCUCAGGUGAAGAACGCCAGCGAUGCCAACAGCGCUGCCCGCGCCCGCCGCCUGGCACAGGAGGCCGUCACACUCUCCACAUCGCUGCCCCUCUCCUCCUCCUCCAGCGUCUUUGUCCGCUGCGACGAAGAGCGGCUGGACAUCAUGAAGGUUCUCAUCACGGGCCCGGCGGACACACCGUACGCUAACGGCUGCUUUGAGUUUGACGUGUACUUCCCCCAGGACUACCCCAAUUCCCCGCCCCUGGUCAACCUGGAGACCACUGGUGGACACAGCGUGCGCUUUAACCCAAACCUCUACAAUGACGGAAAGGUGUGUUUAAGUAUCCUCAACACCUGGCACGGGAGACCGGAGGAGAAAUGGAACCCUCAGACCUCUAGCUUUUUACAGGUGCUGGUAUCAGUGCAGUCUCUGAUCCUGGUGUCAGAGCCCUACUUCAACGAGCCGGGCUACGAGCGUUCACGCGGAACCCCCAGCGGCACACAGAGCUCCCGCGAGUACGACGGAAACAUCCGGCAGGCCUCCGUCAAGUGGGCCAUGCUGGAGCAGAUGCGCAAUGCCUCGCCUUGCUUCAAAGAGGUGAUCCACAAACACUUCUACCUGAAGCGGGUAGAGGUCAUGGCGCAGUGUGAGGAGUGGAUCGCAGACAUCCAGCAGUACAGCAGUGACAAGAGAGUGGGCCGCACCAUGUCCCAUCACGCUGCUGCAUUGAAGAGGCACACGGCCCAGCUACGAGAGGAACUGCUGAAGCUGCCCUGCCCUGAGGGCCUGGAGCCUGACGGGGAGGAGUUCUCAGACAAGAGUGCCGCCCUCGUGGUCAAGGAGCUGCCCAAUCAGGAUGCGGAGAAGCCGAGUGGCAGCCAAGACGGCACCUGCAGUGAGGGCCCGCUAUGAGUCCCGCCCCUCCUUGCUCCCCUCCACCCUAAGCCGCGGCCACUCCUCCUCACAACUAUUACUAUUGUUAUUAAAUAGACUUUGACGGCUUCGAAGCACAAGCCACCAUUUUGUCAAUAUUUGUAUGUAAGAAUCUAAUUAUGUAAWGGCUGAAUAAAGAGGACAAAAAAACUAGAUGAGAAUGAAACAGCUUACAAACCAACAAAAAUAAGACAAAACUCCGAACUAUGCUAUGCCCUUAAGGAAACAGUCGACAAACAAAUUACCUUUUUAUUUUUACCUGUCAAACAGUGUAAACUCUUUGUGCUUUUUUUUUUUCAAUUGUGAAAUAACCACUGAUUGGUAUGUUAUUAAAUUUGUUUAUGUAUACAUAAUGACAGAGGAAAUCACUGAAUAUAUAAGGGAACUAGCCUACCAUUUAGAGAAUAAUGUUUACUGAAUGUUCAUUUCAAUUGUUUGGACUGUUAGUGCAAGGACAGUUGUAACCAGGAAUAUAUUGGUCGUUCUUUAAGUAUACUAUUUAAAAGAAAACAUACACUUUCCUGAAUUUGAGAAAUCUUCUGGUUGCCCAUUGACAUCGCUUUUUUGAUUUCUACAGGAUCCUGUAAACUUCAAUAAAGGCUGAAAUAUACAUUCUUAAUUGCAAUGAUUACUUGUUACCCUUUUUACAGGCUGUUCAAAAACGCUAUGAGCAAGUUUUUUUUGCCUCUAAUUCUCAAUGCAAGUUUAAUAAAUGCAACCUGUUUUACUUUUCCCGGA